AAUGUUUGUCCGUAUAAAAUAUGCACGGAUACUAAAUACACAUCAGGUGACAUUAGUGAGUCUUACUCGAAGCUUAGCCGGGUAAAGGUCACCCGAGAAAUAAAAUGUCUGGAAAAUAUUAUAAGAAAAUAUUCAUUUUAUUUUACAGUUUUAAUAAUAAUAAUUAUAUGUGUACUGGUUAAAACUAUUUUAAAUCGUUUAAAAACAAAUAUGAAUUCCUCCGCCGUAAUAAUAGUGGUCGCUACGAUGAUUUUGAGCGGAUUUUUUGUUCAGACCGAGUGUGCCGUGAAGCAAUGUUACAUAUGUAAGUUUGAAGACAUAACAAAAUGUGGAAGAUUAGAAUCAAAAACUAAAUUGACAUCACAAAAAUGUUCUAGCAAUACAAGAUGUUACGAGGUCCUGGCCCAGGCCCAUUUCCCGCUCGAGGUUAAGCCCAAGAUCGAGUUCAAUCCCACGCUCGAGAUCAAGGUCAAAGAAGAAGAUAAGGUUAAUAAUGGUAAUUGGAAUAAUAUUACGUUUACUAUAACUAUCGGCGUAGUACGCGGCUGCACGGAUGAUGUUGAUGAUCCAUGCGGUGUAUCAAUUGAGAGGACUAUCGACGAUAAGGGCAAAACCUUUAAAGUAACCUAUAAUAAUAAAUCAUGCAAGACUUGCAAAAAAAACAAUUGUAACAAGAAUAUAUUCUUCAAGCCAUCCAACGGUCAUACAUCGUUUAUCGGGUCUGCGGAGCUGUGCGCCUUCAUAGCAUCGCUUAUGGUUGCCAGGAUGUCAUAUCCGACCAUAUUAUCAUGAUUUGAUAUUUGAAUCAUGUAAAAAACGAAAAUUUACUUUUAACACUUUACGACCAAUAAAAUAUAAUUGAAUGUUAACGAUAAAA